CCUGUAUCAUGGCGCAGAGGAGGCCACGAACAUCAGCGACUUCAAAGUUUAAUUUCUGCCCGAUUCGUACGGUGUCAACGCCUUAUAAUUCAUAACACAUUCAACAUAUAUCGAAGACAAAUCCGUCGCCACUGAUGAAAGUUUCCUUCUGAGCACGACCAUCAGAAACAAAGAUAAUCAGAGAGAGGAGAGAUGGAAAAGCCAGCCUUGCAAACCCAACCCUCCACCCUGCCUUUCUUCGACACAGCUCAUGCUUUCAACCUGCUACGGGGAAUCCAUGAACUCCGUGCGGAACGAAAGUUUUUCGAUGUAACUUUAUGUGCUGAAGGACGAGAGUUCCACUGUCACCGCACAGUGUUGGCCGCUGCCAGUACAUACUUCCGGGCCAUGUUCGCUGGAACACUAAGAGAGAGUGCUAUGGACCGGGUAGUUCUGCAUGAGGUGUCUGCUGAGCUUUUGGGUCUCCUGGUAGACUUCUGCUACACAGGACGGGUAACUGUCACUCAGGAUAAUGUGGACCUCUUGCUGAAAACGGCUGAUUUGUUUCAGUUUCCCUCGGUCAAAGAGGCCUGUUGUGCUUUCCUUGAGCAGCGGCUGGAUGUUUCUAACUGCUUAGAGAUCCAGGACUUUGCAGAGGCUUAUGCCUGCAGGGAACUGGCAGCCAGUGCACGGCGCUUUGUCCUCAAGAACAUAAUGGAUCUGGCUAAAGGGACAGACUUCGAACGGUUGCCCUGGAAGCGCCUCCUUGAGUUUGUGUCAGAUGAUGAACUGUGUGUGGAUAAAGAGGAGACAGUUUAUCAAAUUGCAGUUCGCUGGGUGAAAGCAGAUCUUCAACGAAGACUGCACUACUGGCCUGAGCUCCUCCAGCAGGUCCGACUCCCAUUUGUCAGGAGGUUCUUCCUCUUGGCUCAUGUGGAAAGUGACCCACUUGUCUAUCUCUCACCCACCUGCCUCCGAAUGGUGAAUGAAGCUCGAAGCUUCCAGUCCUGCGAAUAUGACCGACACGACAGGCCCUGUCACCGCAUGCGGCCACGACCAUCCACUGGGUUGGCAGAAAUCCUCGUGGUGAUUGGAGGCUGCGACCAGGACUGUGAUGAACUGGUCACAGUGGACUGUUACAACCCACAGACUGGACAGUGGCGUUACCUGGCUGAAUUCCCUGACCACCUUGGAGGAGGCUAUAGCAUAGCUGCCCUUGGAAAUGAUAUGUAUGUCACAGGUGGCUCUGACGGCUCUCGCCUUUAUGAUGGUGUGUGGCGCUACAAGUCCAGUGUCAACGAGUGGACAGAGGUGUCACCAAUGCUGAAGGCGCGUGAAUACCACAGCUCCUGUGUGGUGAAAGGUCAGCUCUAUGUGGUGGCGUCAGACAGCACAGAGCGUUACGACCACGCCUUAGACUGCUGGGAGGCCUUGCCUGCGAUGAUGCACCCUAUGGACAACUGUUCUACCACCACAUGCAACGGACGCUUGUAUGCCAUAGGCUGUCUGGCUGGGGAAGACACUAUGGCCAUUCAGAGCUACGAUACAGACACCAACCGCUGGUCCAUCGUCAAUUGUGGACAGUUGCCCCCAUGGUCCUUCACACCAAAAACUGUUACUCUAAACGGACUCAUUUACUUUGUCAGGGAUGACUCAGCUGAGGUGGACGUUUAUAAUCCCCAAAAGAACGAGUGGGACAAAAUUAGUCAGAUGACCCAGGUCCACGUUGGAGGUAGUGUGGCAACUCUGGGUGGUAAAUUGUACGUGUCUGGUGGUUAUGACAACACAUUUGAGCUGUCAGAUGUAGUGGAAGCCUACGAUCCAGCCACACGUACUUGGAGUACUGCUGGACGUCUACCUCAGCCGACUUUCUGGCACGGCAGUGUCAGCAUAUUUCGUCAGUUCAUGCCAUUGGUGUCCAGUUCAUUUGAACCCACUGAAAUACCGGAGUCCAACGCCAUUCACCUGCAUCGGCACCAACGUCAGCAUGCGCUCAAUCUCAACAACAAUCUUAACCAAAACCAGAAUCAAGAUGUGAAUGCAGCACACUGAGUUUGGCCUUCAGUGUCCAUCCCACUUUACAGUCUGCUCUCAUUCGUUGCAUCAUCAGUCAUUUACUGUGAAUUUACCUCAUCACAGUGCUAAAGUUUUUACUGUCAGAAGAGAAAGCACUUUGUGACUGAGCAUGUUUUAAGCCAUCUGAGUGGCCUCUAAUCAACUGCCAACCUGUUAUAGUAAUCAUCACAAGUCGAGUAACUGGGUGAAUUACAGAAAGGUGAGGUACAGGUAUGUGGACAAGCAGAGGAACACUGUGGGUUAUUUUCUUUUUGGGUUUGAGUGAGCAGCCCAGAGCAAAAGCCAAAUAUUUAGAAGCAAUCAUAUGUUUACAUUCCAAAGACAACAGCAGUCACAGCUGAUAUUAAGCACUAACCAGUGAUCUAAUUGGAUUUAUCUAGAGCAGACAUUUAGCAGGUGGGCGGAGUCAUCCAAAUCUUAUAUCAGGAUGGUUGCAUGUGAUAUGUAUGUACUUGUACUCCAUAGGUAGUGAUUGUUUGGCUGCACAGCAUCUGUGUGUCCCACUCCUAACGGGGUCAGAUCAGCCUCUAUAACCACCACUCUAACAUGCAUGACAAUAUUUUUAAUAGUUUUCUAAUGGAUGUUUUACUGUUUUUUAUGUUUAUUUAUGGAUAUAUAUGUGCUGUGUGUUGCCUAAGGUGUUCCUGUUUUCCAUUUGCAAAAAGACCAGUAAAUUAUGGUGGAUGCAGUUCAUGGGUCUGCAUUUACAACUGGAAGUGCAAAGAAUCUCAGUUUGCUAUAAUGUAAACUUAUUUUUGCUUUAAUGGAAAUCGUAUUUUUGAGUGAUUCUAUGGUAAUGUUAAUGCAGCAUUACACCCCUAGUUUUCAUACAAGUUUGAGAUGUUAAAUCUAUUUUGUAAAUACAAUAUACACUUAGCUAUAUACGUAUGUGCUGUGUUUGUAUGGUGGCAAUGUUUACAAUGCGGUUACCAUAAAUCAAACUGCAGGCAGGUCUGCAAGUUUAUGCUGCUGAGUCACAUUUGAGUAGCUGUUAGCAGGUUACUAAUGUUGAUACUUUUGUUUAUAAUGGUGAUCAGUAGUUAAAAAAUAAUACGUGCAGUGAGGCUUUUUAUAAAUAGUGAAGAUGAAGCUGAUGCAUUCACUCAUAAAGCUGUGUAUUUUAUUAAACCAUAAACCUGU